AUGGCGUCUGCUCGGCUCGGCCGCCUCUCGAGGGUCGAAUCGCCAGACCUCCGGCUUCGGUUCGAUAGUGUUUGUUGCGGCUCUGGCUGCAACAGCACCCUCGAUGAAGGCCAGAAAAAGACAGGAGGAGAAAAUCGCCUUCACAGCCCCUUCUCCACCCUCCGCCUCGUCCUCUUCUCUGGCGCCGCCACCCCACCCCUUCUAUCCAGCGGUGUCGCCUCUCCUUCCUGGGACGGGGACGGGGACGGGAAAGGGAGGCCCGAGGGCGGCAAGUUCCGUCGGAUGGUAGCGGCCGUCGCCUCGGAGGGCGCAGGGGGAGGCGCGCUGCUCGCGUCGCUCACGGAGCCCUGUGAGGCGCUCUCGUUCUGCACGGAGGACGCCGGGGGCUACUUGUCGAGUCCGCGGACCGAGCGCUUGUGCGGCUGGCCGACACCGAGGUCGCCAGCCCCGACGAGAUGCUGCUCGCCGUGCGCUCCAUCACCUGCAGGUAUUUUCAGGAAUGGAGAGAAGCACCCUUCUCUCUUGUGUGAUGCAGCUUCGAGUUCUUUGUUUCAUUGA